UUAUGUGGAUUUAUUUUUAUAUUUUACAUGUCCCUCUGUUUUUUUUAUCUUUAGUUCUUAAUAUCCAUAUUCUAAUCCAAAUCUCAUCAAAAAUAAAAAAGCUCUCUUUCUCAUUUUGGGUUCUUUCAGAAACUGAUCUCAGAUUCAUACGUUCAGAAAAAAAAAAGCCCCAACUUUUCAAUGAAACACACUUUCAUUACUUCCAAAACCCAACAUAAACAAAAACUCAAUUGACAUAAACAAGCUUUAAUUUAAUUAAUUAAUUACCUCUUUUGCUUCCCAUUUCCUUUUUUUUUUUUUUUUCACUGAAUCAAUCUGCUAACUUUGCUUUCUAUUCAGGUUCCUUAACUCUUUAUCUCUCCUUCCCUUUCUUUAUGUUGUUUUAUUUAUUGCUUUUGGUGCUCCGAUUUGAUCUGAAGUUUAUCACUUGAAGCUGUGGAGAGCUGAAGUUUGAUUGACUUGCCUGGUGCUAUGAGUUGACUAGGAGGAACUGCUGAAAAGGAGGUCAAUUGGGUGGGUUUCAAAGAGCAUAUUAGGACAAAGUUUUCACAAUUUUUAUGCACUGAUCCCUGCAAGAACUGAAAAUUUGAAAGGUUUAUCAUAUAAUUGGGACGGACUAGUUUGUGAACCUGGAGGAAGCGAUUGAGCUUGACAAAAAUUUUGAGGCUUUAGGAUCCAUUGGUGUUUAAUUUCAAUAUUUGGUGUUGGGAUGGGCUGUGAGUGUUCAAAGCUCUCUGCCUGUUGUUGGAGUUCUGAGUUUGAUGGAUCAGUUCCCGAGGACCAAAAUGAGGGAAAUGAGGAGAAGAACGAAGUUGAUGAUUUGCCCGCAUUUCGUGAAUUCACCAUUGAGACACUUAAGAUGGCAACAUCUGGGUUUGCUGUGGAGAACAUAGUUUCUGAACAUGGGGAAAAGGCCCCCAAUGUGGUGUAUAAGGGUAAGCUUGAGAAUCAGAGGAGGAUUGCUGUAAAACGAUUUAAUAGAUCUGCAUGGCCCGAUGCCAGGCAGUUUUUGGAAGAAGCAAGAGCUGUUGGUCUGCUGCGGAACCAUAGGCUUGCAAAUUUACUCGGCUGUUGCUGUGAAGGGGAUGAGAGGCUACUUGUUGCAGAAUUUAUGCCCAAUGAUACAUUAGCAAAGCACUUGUUUCAUUGGGAAACACAACCAAUGAAGUGGGCUAUGCGACUUAGGGUGGCUUUAUAUCUUGCACAAGCUCUAGAAUAUUGUACUGGCAAAGGACGAGCUCUAUAUCAUGAUUUGAAUGCUUAUAGAGUUAUUUUUGAUGAUGAGGGGAACCCUCGACUUUCUUGCUUUGGUCUGAUGAAGAACAGUAGAGAUGGAAAAAGUUACAGUACAAACCUGGCAUUUACUCCUCCUGAGUAUCUGAGGACAGGGAGGGUAACCCCAGAAAGUGUAAUGUAUAGCUUUGGCACCCUUUUACUUGACCUUCUCAGUGGAAAACAUAUUCCUCCCAGCCAUGCAAUGGACUUAAUCAAGGACAAGAAUAUUCAGAUGCUGACAGAUUCGUGCUUGGAAGGCCAAUUUACAAAUGAUGAUGGGACUGAGUUGGUGCGGUUAGCUUCGCGAUGUUUACAGUAUGAGCCCCGUGAGCGGCCAAAUCCUAAGUCAUUAGUUGCUGCUUUGAUUCCUCUUCAGAAGGAUACUGAGGUUCCUUCUCAUGAAUUGAUGGGUAUACAAGAUGGUGCUGCAGCUUUACCUCUGUCACCAUUUGGUGAGGCUUCCUUAAGAAUGGAUUUGACUGCCAUACAUGAGAUCUUAGAAAAGCUUGGAUAUAAAGAUGAUGAGGGUGCAGCUACUGAGUUGUCCUUCCAGAUGUGGACUGAUCAGAUGCAGGAAACAUUAAAUUCAAAGAAAAAGGGUGAUGUUGCUUUCCGACAUAAAGAUUUUAGAGCUUCCAUUGAAUGCUAUUCUCAGUUCAUUGAUGUUGGAACCAUGGUUUCUCCAACUGUUUACGCACGCCGUAGCCUGUCUUAUCUUAUGAAUGAUAUGCCACAAGAGGCGCUAAAUGAUGCAUUGCAAGCCCAAGCAAUAUCCCCUGUUUGGCAUAUUGCAUCUUACUUACAAGCAGCAGCUCUAUUUGCACUGGGAAGGGAGAGCGAGGCACAAGCAGCUCUCAAAGAGGGAUCAACCCUCGAAAAUAAAAGGCCUACAAAUGCUUGAUCAUAGCAAAUGAUGCUCAGAAUAAAGCUCUUCUUGCAUUGCUCUUCCCCCCUGAGAUGACCACCGAGGGCAACUACAAUUAUACAAGCUUACUUUGUCAGGCAGGAUGGUGAAGUGUUUUAAGCCCCACAACAAACCAUGGACUUGAAUGGGAUGUAAAUGGUUCCCUUCUUCUGCAUGUGUGAUUGGUUGUCAUCUUGAAGAAUUCUUUCAGAAACAUUAUUGGAUGGGUUGGUUUUUGUCAAAUUUUUCUGGGUAUUUUCCGCACUGGAACACUCACAUGCACAUAAGAACAAUCUACCCCUGUUUCUGUUUGCUGACCUUUUCCAAAUACACCAAUCUAGGGAAAAUAAUUAAGACACUCGUGGAAUAGAUUACAUGUUUGUAGAGGGAUUCAGCUGUUGUUUAAAAGUUGCACUUGAGGGUGAAUAGAACAAACAUGUCUUUGCAAAUUCUUGUAAUUUAUGUACAGUGCUAUUUGUUGUGGUUGCUGAAGCUGAGGUGCAAUCGUAUUUCUUUUUUCUC